AUGUCGCUCUCUGAAGGAACGUCCAAUUCGACGCUCAUUGGGAAUCUCCCCUCCUACAAUUCCACGGAUAGUCCAUUCAGCAUGGAGUGGGGAGCACCUUCCGUCUUGUCAAUAGUUAUCAUCAUCCUCUCCAUCCUACUGGGGGUCCCGGGCAACGGCGCAGUCAUCUGGGUGACGGGCUUCAAAUUGAAGACUACUGCCCACACUGUGUUCUUCCUGAACCUGGCUGUGGCUGACCUGAUGUAUUGCCUGCUUCUCCCCUUCCUCAUGAUUCGCAUCUCCCAGCUUCACAGUGGGUACUUCAGUAACAUCAACGUGAAAUUGUGUAUAUCAAUUAUGUACCUAAACGCUUUUGCCAGCGUAAAUCUGUUAUGUCUGAUCAGCAUCUAUCGCUGCCUGGCUGUUACACGGCCCAUCUGGAUACAGCAACAUCUGAAACUCGCAUGGGUACGUGUGAACUGCUUCGUGGCCUGGGUCAUAGCCAUUGCCAUGUGGCUGACUAUACACUUCAGUUCGUAUCCUUUCAAUACUAUACCUGUUGUGAUGGCCUGCUGCUUCGGCCCCCCCUUUGUGAUUAUGGUUAUUAGUUACGCCGUCGUUGGCUGGAGGCUGCACGGGAAAAGGUUCGCUAAGUCCUGGAAGCCCAUACGCCUGAUCGUGAUCGCGGUCGCCGCCUUUGUGAUCUGCUGGUUCCCCUUUAGUCUAUGCGUACUCUUAAUACGUUUCUACAUAAUUACUCCUGUGGACUGGUACAGAUUCACUCAAGCACUGGCCUCAUUCAACAGCGCCCUCAACCCUCUUAUCUACGUCUUCGCCGGCAGCGACUUCCGUCAGCUCUUCAAGCGCUCCCUGUUUGCCUCGCUCAAGCUGGCCUUCAUCGAGCAUGAGCUACAGGGUGAGACCCCGAACCACAAUCCCACCUCAGAUAGGAAUGUCUGA